AUGGGCUCCAUUGGGAAUUUAGACCAGAUACAUGUGAUCAUCGUUGGCGCUGGUAUUGGUGGUGCCUCAUGCGCAAUCGCAUGUGCGAGGCAAGGAAUGCACGUCACGCUUUUGGACCAGGCAGCGGAAUUACUGCCAAUCGGUGAUUCUAUUGGGUUCGGCUCGAAUUCUUCAAAGCUUUUCAAGCGUUGGGGUCUGUAUGAAGACAUGUGGCAAGUCUCGAGUCGUGCGGAAGAUACCAUCAUGCGAAACUGGGACGGAGAGAUCAUCGCUCGAGACGAGACAUUGGCUACAGCCGAAUCUAGAUACGGCUGUCGAGGUCUACUUGGACACCGAGGUAACUAUCAUAAGAUUCUAGUUGACCAUGCAAUCAAAAAUGGAGUCCAUCUGCGCGUGGGACAAAAGAUUGAGUCCUAUGAUGCUGACAAACCAAGUAUCUUUCUCCCUGACGGAGAAGAAAUUGUGGCAGAUGUAGUUAUCGCUGCAGAUGGUGUGAAGAGCCCUGGACGUACGGCCGUUCUAGGGGUCGAAGACGCACCAAUUCACAGCGGUUAUGCGGUAUGGCGAGCCUACGGCACUACUUCAAUAUUUGAAGGGGAUCCAUUGGUAGAAGAAUUUCUGCAAAAAGACUGUGUCAAUCUUUGGAUCGGGCCCGAUCUGCAUGGCUUUGUCACCACCGUACGUAGGGGAACAGAGAUCAACGCUGUGCUCACACACAAAGAUGUAGCAAACAUCGACGAAGGUUGGCAGUUUCCUGGAAAGCGAGAGGAAAUUCUGGAAACAAUUCACGACUGGGAUCCUGCCUUUGUCCGCGUGUGGGAGAUGAUACAAAACAUUGUUGAUUGGAAGCUUGUCUACCGUCCAUGUUUGGAUAAAUGGGUUUCAGAUUCAGGUCUAGUUGCAGUGCUCGGCGAUGCCGCCCACCCCUUCCUGCCAACGUCUACACAAGGUGCCAGCCAAGCCGUGGAGGAUGCCGCAACGUUGGCGUUGUGCCUCGCAAAUGCUGGCAAACAUCAGGUUCCGCUGGCUUUACAUUCUUAUUUUGCCUUCCGUUACGACCAUGUGAAGGCUGCACAGCAAGUGGGUGUCACUCAGCGGGAUAAAUGGCACAAUUUACACGACAAAACAAGCAAGAAGAUGGUCAAAGUUUUAGAUACCUCCAAGGGCGUACUGGAUAGCUAUUCACUGUGGGGCUACGAUGCCGAAAAAGUAGUGAUAGAUGGGUGGGAUACUGUCUCAGAACAGAUGAGAGUGCAAUUGGGAUCAUGUUGA